AGACUCGCUUUGCAUAUCCUCUCUUAUUUUUCUCUGUCUGUGGCUGUUUGGCAGAAAAAGGGAGGGUUGACUGAGUCAAGAGGAAGCAGAUCUGUGUUACAACAACUUAGAGUUAAGUAAGCUGCGCUGCCUCCAUGUGGGUUACAGCACAGACAAGCUGUCAAUGAGAGCUUCUGCAGUUUUUCAUUUGAAACCCUCUAAAGUCUGAGGGAAUCAUUUGGUUUCUACUUUUGCUGCUCCUGUCAGUUUAGUUUUUUUUUUUUUUUAUUCAUGACUAAGUUUACACCAGGUUACCGUGUUUAGAGAGUGGUGCAGUUGGAGGCAUUGCAAAUGAGCGCAAGUCGCAGCUUGUGCGAGUUUCAUCAGCGGCGGAUGAAGAGGAGACAAACCCUCCUCUAAAGACCAGAACCAGCGGAUGAAAGUUGGAUUAUUCACCUCUUCCUGGGUGUGGACGUUGAUUUAAUUAGAUUUUUUACCGACUUAGGCGAUGACUUCGGUGUGGAAACGACUACAGCGAGUGGGUAAAAAAGCUUCAAAGUUCCAGUUUAUCGCUUCUUAUCAGGAACUUGUGUUGGAGUGCACUAAGAAAUGGCAACCAGACAAGCUGAGAGUGGUGUGGACCAGGAGGAACAGGCGCAUGUGCUCCAAGCUCCACAGUUGGCAGCCUGGGAUAAAGAACCCCUACAGAGGAACAGUUAUUUGGCCUGUUCCAGAAAACGUCGACAUCUCUGUUACAUUGUUCAAGGAACCUAACACAGAUGAGUUUGAGGACAAAGAAUGGACAUUUGUUCUCGAGGGUGAGAACAAAGGUCACCGUAAGGUGUUAGCUUCUGCUGACAUCAACCUGAAGCGCUUUGCCAGCCCCACUCCAACGCAGCACGACCUGACUCUAAAGCUGAAGCCACUGUCGGUCAAAGUGGUGGACGCUGAGCUCAAACUGUCACUCUCAUGUGUUUUUGUUCGAGAAGGAAAAGCCACGGAUGAAGACAUGCAGAGCCUUGCCAGCCUCAUGAGCGUCAAACCCACUGAUAUAGGCAACCUGGAUGACUUCAAUGAGAGCGAUGAAGAAGAGGACCGAAGGUCUGUCUCCGCUGCAGCUGUCCCAGACACUCUAAUUCGACCAAACCGUCCCGCUCCCCCUCCUCCUGACACACAAACUUCCUCUGGAGCCACGUUUUCAGCCUUAGCCUGUGGGCGUGAUGUUGAUCCUUCCACUCUCCAUUCUCGCCCUCCGCUGCCAACUGCUCCCCGUCCCUCCCCCCGACGUGCCCGACAUUCAUUCUCAGCCACUCCUGUCCAGUCUGAGAUCCAGCCCUCCCCUGGUCCCUCCCCUCAGCCUUCACCAAGGUGUAAGCGUCCAAAGACAGCCAACCCCAACCUCCAUGAUGCUUCUGUGAGUGACUCUGUAACCAGGCCUCCUGAAACUCCUCCCUCAGCAGAUCAUCCUCCAGUUCAGAGCGCCUCCUCCGUUUCUGCUCUCGCAGAAGAUCCAAUAAUCUCUAAAUCUUCCUGUAAGAUUUCCCCAGAUUCUGCAAAGACAGUUGCAGAGCCGCCUAAUCCACCUCCAUCUCUGUCCUCAGAGAUCCUUAUACUUCCCCCUUCAUCAUCAUUAUCACCUCAACCCCCAAUAACCUCCUCAUUCAUGUCUCCUCAAACAACAUCUCUCGCUGUAUCGGCUACUUCCACCCAUAAGCCAACCUCCGCAGCCUCAAAGCUCCCUUCCUCCUCCCAAACACCCUCUCUACCCAAUGAUAGUCCGUCUGUUCAGCCUCCUCUUACACGGAUGCUCUCUCAGCCCCCGUCUCUGCCCAGAAUCUUCCAGGCAGGCCCAGCUCCUAUAAAGCAUCAGCAGCGACCCCAAGAGGUUCAGAGUGCAGAUGAGUUUAACGGCCAGUCCCAUGUUUUCAGACCCCAGGUUGUGAAGUCUAUCACUCGCCCCACCUCUCCCACACCUAUAUCUUCUCCACUUUCCUCCUCAUCAUCAUCAUUAUCAUCUCUCCCCAAAUGCCCCCCCUCUGGCUCAGAGUCAGUUACUAAGGACAUUUGGCCUCUUUCCGGCCCCCCUGCAACCACUGAAAACAUCAGCCCCGUGCCUCUGCUGACUAGUCCAGAUCUGGAUUCUCUCUGUGACCCAGAGAUUCCAGCUCGUUCUUCCACGCUUCUUCCCUCCUCAUCUUAUUUCUCAUCCUCUCUCACUUUCAUUCAACCUUCUGCUCCAGUCCUCUCUAGUCAGACAGGCUCAUCACUCCCUGUCCAUCAGGUGGAUAAAGAGACGACUUUAAGCCCAACGAGCCAAGACAAAACCUCGCCUACAAGUUUCCAGGCAGAAAUAAACAGAAAAACAUCAGAUCAGUCAAAGCUGAUUAUUACAGAGAGCAAAGCUGGAAAGAUCAGUUCACCUUCAGAAGAAUCUACCAAGGGGGAAUCAGAGAAGCUCCAACCAGCAAAUUAUUCAGAAUCACCAACAACAAGCUCACAAUUAGCCUCAGAUGAGCCAAAGGAGCCUGAAAGACCCACUGUGCAACCAGCAAUCUCCCCUGAGCCUUCCCAAAAAUCAGCUGGAGAGAAGACAGAUGUGUUGCCGGCAAAACCGAAACGAGAGCAGGGGCAAGACCUCAAGCUUUCAUGUAAACUGCAACAGGAAGGAGAUGGCGAAAAGAAGCAAGCUGAAGCUGUUGAUGGAGAAAGCCUUGUGAUCACAGAGGAGCCGGAGAGCCGUGAAGUGAACAAACUUUGGGCAGCUGUGGAGGAGACCACAGCGGAAGCAGGGGCGCAUAGAGAGUCGGAAAGUACUGAAAGUCCUGCAGCGAAGGAGCAGGAGGAGGGUGUAGUAGGGGGCCUAGGCCGUCCACAUCCUGCCGAGGCCCAGAAGCCUUCAUCAUCCCCCUCCACCGAACAAUUUCCUUAUCAGACCUUUAAUACGAAGCAGCAAAAUAAACCCCAACCUGCUGAGACAAACACACAGCCUUCCGACCCUCUUUUAAUCCGUCAGUCGAAGGAGGCAACAGAAACACAAUCGAUGCAAAAACAAGAUGACAGAGUUUUUACUAAAACUGAUUGCAGCCUGAAGGGGACGGAUUUUGUUCAACCUUUGGUGGUUCCUGAAACACCCACUGGCAUUAGUAUCAGUAAGAUACAUGAAACAGAAAUGCCCUCGCAUUUGCAAGGAAGUCUUGAAUUGAGGUCCGAGGAUGACCAGAAGACCGCCAGUCUUACCAACAUUCCCUCCAAAGAGCAGCAGCUCCAAGAGGAGGAGAGACUUUUACUGGCAAAGAUUCAACAGAUGUCAGGUGACUCCUCCCUUGGUAGUGUGCCUCUUACCCUGAAACGUCUCAUUCCAAUUCCUGGUGACAUUGACAGCGAUCCUACAGAGAGGGGAAGCCACUUAAACACCCACCCUGACCUUACCGAUCACAGUCAGGUCUCAGUUGUUAUCUGCUCUGAUGCUUUGCAGGAAAUAAGACUAAUUGACACAGAAGAGCCACUUGGAGAAGACACAGUGACAAAACACAAGAAAGCAGACCUGACUGACGGUGGACCGGAUAAACAGUCAUCUCAGCAUACCAUCAUUUCCUCGCAUCAGUGUGAGAUCAACAAUUCUCGGCUUCCGACAUUAACAGAAGAAGAACCCCCCGAGCUCAAGACUGCUGAUCCAAUGCCAGUGGUCACAGGGGAGGUAAAUGGGAAGGAGGACACUGAGGACCUUGUAAACUCCAGCCAGUCGCUGCUCCAGUGGUGUCAGAGCAUCACCAACAAGUACCAGGGUGUAAAGGUCACAAACUUCAGUACGUCCUGGAGAAAUGGCCUGGCCUUCUGUGCCAUACUGCAUCAUUUUCAUCCAGACAAAAUAGACUUUGAACAUUUGGAUUCUCAUGACAUCAAGUUAAACAAUAAGAAGGCAUUCGAUGGCUUUGAGGCGUUGGGGAUUUCUCGUCUGUUGGAGCCAUCUGACAUGGUGCUCCUGUCUGUUCCUGACCGGCUCAUCGUUAUGACUUACCUCAGCCAAAUCCGCUCACAUUUCACCAACCAGGAGCUGAGCGUCCUGCAGAUCGAGCACAACAGCAGUCAGUCGAGUUACGGGCUCGCUCCUUCUGGUCCCGCUCCCACCAAUGUUGACGCUGCUGCCUUCUGCAUGGCUAGGCUGAAUGAAGGAGUGAGUCUGGAGGAAGGAGGGAGCAACACCCUGGUGGUGCCCCCACCUAGAACCAAGCGGACUGUUAAAGAAGAAUCAAGAAUCCCAGUCCCACCCCCAAGAUCGAUUAACAAAGCUGCCAAAUCUGAACAGGAUGAAGGUGCAAAAUCUGCCUCUGAACAGGCCAAUAACUCAGAGACUGCUUCUGACACCCAGCCUCCUAAACAAGAGGAAACAAUGUACCUGCAGGACACCAGUCAGUAUGUCUUGAGCGAACUGGCAGCGCUGGAGACGGAGCAGAAGCAUAUCGACAGCAGAGCGGCCGUCGUGGAAAGACGACUGCGAAGUCUCAUGGAAACAGGGAGUGAUCGUGAUGAAGAGGAGCGCCUGAUCCAGGAGUGGUUUACUUUGGUGAACAAGAAAAAUGCUCUGAUACGUCGACAGGAUAACCUUGAACUAUUACAAGAGGAGCAGGACCUUGAGAGGAGAUUUGAGCUUCUCACCAGAGAACUACGGGUCAUGAUGGCUAUAGAAGACUGGCAGAAGACAAUCACUCAGCAACAGAGAGAGCAGCUGCUCCUCCAGGAGCUGGUGUCUCUGGUCAACCAGCGAGACGAAAUCAUCCGAGACAUCGAUGACAAAGAGAAACGUGCUCGGGAGGAGGACGAGCGUCUCGAGCGAGGGCUGGAGAUGAGAAGGAGGAAAUACAGCAACAAAGACAAAUGUGUGUUACAAUAAAAGCACAAACUGUAUUUAUAACCCAAAGUCUCAACAGAGAAUCAUCCUUAAAUUAAAAAACUAAAUACAAACUUUGAGGAGUUAAGGAGCCUUUUUUUUCUCCUUAGAAAUGUGCUGUAGGUCUGAAGCUGGAGAAUGUGUGUUAUCUGAAAGUCAUGUCUGUGUUUUAGUAGUAUUGUGUUAAAUCCUUUCAUUGGUUGUUUUAUUUAUUUAAAUCGUGUGUCAUUUUGUCAUACGUUAUUUGCACAUACAGUUUUUCUUGUGCUGUGUAUAUCUGAUGGGACAUCAUUAAGUAUUCACACACCACCUGAUCCUGUUUUUUUUUCUUUCUUUUUAUUUUGUUUUGCCUAUGCAGUAUAUUUAGCUUUUUCACCUUACUGGAAAGCUUUUAUAUUUAAACUAAAGUCGUACCAUUUUUAAUGAAGAUAUAAAUGCUAUAAAUACAUGAGGCUUUUACCUUUCCUAAGAGUUUCCAAAGAAUGUAAAAAAAAAAACUAUUUAGAAAUUGGUUUAUCUAGUGAAUCUUUGAGCUGGACUCAACCAUACAAGGCUUUCAGUGAGGAAAUUAUAUGAACUUUCUGUAAUUCCUGAUAACAGUCUACCGAUGCUUAAAGUUUUAACACAUAUUAAAAUGUGUUUUCAGAUUGCUUUAUAGUUUCAUCUUGGAGGCGGGUGACUUGAGUCAUCUACAGCCUCUUUGGAGUAGAUGUUGCCUGUUUCUUUUGUAUCUGAAGUGAAAAUGUCGGGUAUUUCUGCAUAACUUUCAAAUACAGGUGUAGAUGAAAAGGUACCCAUCAAUUUGCAUGUAGGAUUUCAAAUGUUGCUCUCAAUAUUUCAGACUGUGUUGGCAAAUAACAAAUAAAAUUGAUAAAAGAAAA